AUGCUUGGUUUUUUUUUGAAAGUUACACAUUCCCAAGUAACAAUAGACAUUUGUAACAAAAAUGGACUAGUAAUGUAUAUCACUUUGAAAUUGGCGCCUCCUGGUACAUUUAUUAUAAUAUGCUUGAAUGUUUUUUCAAAAAUUAAUUGGACUGAUUAUCUAUACCUAUAUCACAUUGAAAUUGGCGCCUCUUGUAUUUUAUUAUUCAUAAAAUAUCCUUCAUUUAAUAAUGUGUUAAAGAUGGCCAACUUAUAUAGAUCAAAUUAA